ACCAACACACACACACACACAGAGGCUUCGUUUUCUGCAUGUAAAAUGUGUGUGUUCUUUAAAGCCAGUGGUUGGCUGGUUUUCCGGACAUGAUGUGGUCGAAGCUGUCAUCGUAAUGGAAAUUCAUUGCUGUAGCUAUGGUAAAUCGAGUGUUCAGCCUGUGCUGAAUGCAUUAGUCUAAUGAGAUGUUUGCAGCCAGAGAACAGGGCUGCUGGAGACUAACUGUGAGCUACUAGCACCCGGCAGAAGACAGCUUUUGCAAUACUUGGGUUGCAUGUGCCGAAAGCCGUCUGUCUUCUGAGCCAACACCCUCCGUGUGGUCAGCACCUUGAUCAGGGCCGUGGUGAGCAAGCCGUAGGUGGAGUGCUGCGCGGCUGAACCAGCUUCCGCUUGUCCCUGUGCAGCUGGUGGUGCCCUCUCCAGGUCACUCGUCGGUGUGGACAGGACAGCAUCUCCUCUGCCCGCGAUCUGUUCCCGCACUCCGUAAGACUGGCACCCGCGGAGAUGCAGGCCCAGGGGGUCGCAGGGAGGAAGCGAGGGCGGCCGCCCCUCCACUCCACGCCUAGGAAGAUGCCGGGUCACGGCCUUUUCUCCGCUUCCGCCGCUUCCCCACCAGCAGUGAAGAUCCCGAGGAAAAGAGGGCGGAAACGGGGACACAAGCUCAAGUCUCGGGUUCUCAUGACUCCUUUAGCCCUCUCACCCCCGAGGAGCACCCCAGAGCCUGACCUCAGCUCCAUCCCUCAGGACGCAGCCACCAUACCCAGGUUGGCGGCCCCCCAGGCGCUCACAGUCUGCCUGUACGUCAAUAAGCAUGCCGACGCAGGGCCCUACCUGGAGAGGCAGAAGCUGCAGCAGCUCCCUGAGCGCCUGGGGCCCGAGCGGCCAGCGGCUGUCCUGCAGCAGGCCGUGCAAGCGUGCAUCGACUGCGCCCACCAGCAGAAGCGCGUCUUCUCCCUGGUCAAGCAGGGCCACAGCGGCGAGCUGGUGUCAGUGUCCGCGUCCUUUGAUGGAAAACAGCACCUGCGGAGCCUGCCCGUGGUGAACAGCGUUGGCUACGUCCUCCGCUUCCUGGCCAAGCUGUGCCGCAGCCUUCUGUGUGAUGACCUCUUCAGCCACCAGCCCUUCCGCGGGACCCCCAGAGCCUCCGAGAAGGCCCCAGAGAGAGAGGAAGGAAGGAUGGAGUCAGCCAAGACCGUGACCAUGGAAGAAUGCCUGGGGAUCCCCGCAGGCAUGAACCGCUACAGCACUGACCCCUGCUCCGCCACCUUUAACCACACGGGCUCUUUGCGCCCUUCCUCACUGUACUGCAAGAAGCUGAACUCUGGAGACUGCCGUCUCAGGGGAGGCCCAGCCACCACCACCAAUAUUCCGCGUAUCGGCCCUGUGUCCUCCGGAGGCCCCUCAGCACCUGGACUGAGGCCCCCAGCCUCCAGCCCCAAGAGAAACGGGACUUCUCUUGAAGGAAACAGAUGUGCCUCGAGCCUUUCUGCAGAUGGGCAGGACACCAGGCGGCCAAGGAGCAGAAACCCUUGCACCUGGACCGUGGAGGACGUGGUCCGGUUCGUGAAGGACGCUGACCCGCAGGCUCUGGGGCCGCAUGUGGAGCUCUUCAGAAAGCACGAGAUCGAUGGCAAUGCUCUUUUGUUGCUGAAGAGUGACAUGAUCAUGAAGUACCUGGGCCUGAAGCUGGGACCUGCACUGAAACUCUGCUACCACAUUGACAAACUGAAGCAAGCCAAGUUCUGAAAUUAUCCGAAAGACAGAAGCCAAACCCAAGACACCAGAUCUCAAGAUUAUCUUCUGCCUUACCAACAUCCAGCCAACAUCAUGAAGUAGUCUCCUCUUAAAAGGAACAAUCACAAAGACUUGGCCUUUUUAUAAAACAUGUGUAUCUUUGCCUUUUUAAAAUUUCAUAUGAUUCUUUUUGAAACGCUCAUAUGUGUUACUGACCUGCAAAAAAAAAUUACCAAAAAAAUCUAUUAUUUUUUACAUUCUUGGUGUUGGUUGCUCACAGGAAGGGUGCUAUUUGUAUAAUGAAACAGUAGGGGACUGAAUGUUGUUGCCUAAACUUGGCCCUGCAGGGUUCAAAGGCUGUGAGAAAUACUUUGUCCCUGCAGGUGGUACAGGGCUUUGGGCCCUGCACAGCACCACCUGCCUCUACUCUGACCUGGGAUCUUUCAGCAUAAGCCCUGCUGGAUUCAGCUCCGGUAUAUGUGCUGCCAAAUCGAGUGCUGGAGUCAGCUCUGGAAGCUGACCUCUGAGCACGACUGCCUCACCUUGCACUAUCUGGAAAACUUGAAAGAAAAUUUUUUUUUUGUUUUCUUUUUCUCUGAAAGGGGAGGGGAAAGGACCAUUUCUAUCCCUAGUUAGCUGAAGUACUGUGUUAUCCCACUAGAGGGCAGAUUGUUAAUGAAAUUUCAGGAAGAACUGAGUGCAGUCAGUCAUCUGCUAAUUCAGAACUCAGUGGCUGGGCUAGGGUUUCUAGGGACACGGUCCAGCUUACACAGAAAUAGGGGAAAUUACCCCACAGUCAGCAUCACACAUUACAAAUCGAGAAGAAACCACCGUCUAGAGGGUCCUAGCUCCUAUCCAGUCAUUGUUCACUGACUGACCCACAAGCAACAAAGCACACACUGCCCAGCUGGGGUCUGGAGUCCUCCCCUUGCAGAGUCCUUACUGAGGCACCAAAGCACUGGCAUGCUGAAGAAUCUUAGUGACAUUUCUCCGUGGAUGUUUCUAGGAAAAAGAAAACUGUCUCAACUACGCUUUGAGAUGGGAGAGUUUUGACUUCUAAUUACAUUGCUGGAUUCUGUAGCUGAAUCUGUGGUUAAUUUUUCUAGUCCUCAACAAAUACACAGACAUGCUAUUAUUGGGUUUAAUUCAAUUUACAAAUAGGUUUCCUUCCUCACCGUGGAGUAACAGAAAAAAAUUGAUUUUCUACCCCUUCACAGCUGUGUCCAGAGAAGUACAAUGAAUCCACAAUUUACUAGGAAGGAGGAGGCCUCUUCUUGGCUAGUGUUUGUAUCAUUCUCCUUUCUUUCUCUCUCUUUCUUCUUCCUUUAUUCUCAGUAAGCAGGAAACACACUUUUGAAAUAAAUUCCCCUUUGCCACAGGCAUAUUCCUUUCCUUAAAAGAAUAUCUACUGUGUCAGGGAUGAGGAAGAGAUGGGAUUUUGGCACCCAUGGGAGGGUGAGGCUCGAUGAUCACUCAGGAGCUCCUUUGGCCCAAAUGUGAAUUAGAAAAGGGGCCCCUCCUCCAGGACGCAGCCUGUUCAGGGCCUCAGCAGGCCAGCGGAGCUGGGUGAGGUCUCAAGGCCCCUUGCCCCUUGCCCAACUGCCCUCGUGUGGAGCAUGACCUGCACAACCCCGAGGGCAGCCCUGGGUGGACCUGCUUGUUGGCCCUCCAAAAAUUGGUUUGAAUUUAAAUAAACACCAAAAGAUACAUUCUACAUUCUACGUGAUUGGGCCCACUUUGAGAAGCAACACUGUAGAAAACACACCGUAGCAAAAUCUUUUAUGGACACACAAACGGUGGCUGAUUUAGGUUUUGGCAGAGAAGGGAAAGAAGAGAGUGUCCCAAACCCACCAUUGAGGUGAGCUUGAUUGGGAGGUCACAGAGCAGAAUGUCUGUUGGUUUCAGCACAUGGCAAAACUAAUGAAUCAGGCCUUAAGAUAGAAUCUUCAAAGUUUAAAGUGAUGAAUGCACUCUGUCACUCAAAGUUUGGCUAAUGCUAAGUGCUCUGAAGUUAGAUAAUUUCCCCCAGAAGGCACAGCAGUUUACAUAUUCAGAACUGCCGUGGAGCAAACGGUGCGAUCCAGAAGAUCCCAGGGCAGCCCAGGUUCUUCCCUCCAUGGUUUUGGCUCGGUCCUGGCUUCCUUUCAGUACCUCUUCCGUGGGCAUGUGCCACCUUCAGUGACUUGCAACAUUAAACUCGCAAAAUGUCCUGCGCUGCUCACCAAGGAUCCCUGGCUGCAAACACAUGAACACUGGUGCCCCUGAAUAAAAUCAGACCCAGAGAGAGUC